AGGAGGGGCUGCACACUGAGCCCAGGCUGCUCUGAGCAGGAAAAUCCCAACAGAGGGGAGGAAAAACCACUGAGACUGGAGGAAAAACCACCAAGACCGGAGGAAAAACCACUGAGACCCCACCCCAGGAGGGGCUGCACGCCCAACCUGGGCUGCUCUGAGCAGGAAAAUCCCAAGGAGGGCCAGGAACAUGGACAGAACUCAGGGCUGGGCCUCCCUGAGCAGCUCCAGGACGAGCAGAAGCCCCACAAGUGCCCCGAGUGCGGGAAGGGAUUCACCUGGAGGUCCCGCCUGCUCCGGCACCGCAUGAUCCACACGGGAGAGAAACCCUACGAGUGUCCAGAGUGUGGGAAGGGAUUCAGGGACAGCCCAGGGCUCAUCAUCCACCACCGCAGCCACACCGGCGAGCGCCCCUUCGAGUGCGGCGAGUGCGGCCUGAGCUUCGGCCGCAGCUCCCACCUCACCUCCCACCUCAAGAUCCACUCCGGGGAGCGCCCCUACCAGUGUGGGCAGUGCGGGAAGAGCUUCCAGACCAGCUCCCUGCUGCUGAUCCACCAGCGCAUCCACACGGACGAGCGGCCCUUCCGCUGCCCCGAGUGCACCAGGGGGUUCCGGCACAGCUCGCACCUGGCGCGGCACCGGCGCAUCCACAGCGGGGAGAGGCCCUUCGGCUGCCCCGAGUGCGGCAAGAGCUUCAGGACCAGCUCCGUGCUCAACCAGCACCAGUGGAGGCACCGCCCUGGGGGGUCUGUGGCGGCUGCAGUGGGAGGUUCAGACUCUGCUGCAGCUCUCUGAACUUUGUUUUGGUCUCUAGUGGUUGUUUUAGCAGGGUCUGCCGCAGCUCCAGUGAGAGAUUCAGCCUCUGCUGCAGCUCUGUGAGAUUUGUUUUGGUCCCUGGUGGUUGUUUUAGCAGGUUCUACCCCAUCUUCAAUGAGAGAUUCAUCCUCUGCUCCAGCUCUCUGAGCUUUGUUUUGGUACCUGGUGAGAGAUUCAGACUCUGCUGCAGCUCUGUGAGAUUUGGUUUGGUACUUGGUGGUUGUUUUAGCAGGGUCUGCCCCAGCUCCAGUGAGAGAUUCAACCUGUGCUCCAGCUCUGUGAGCUUUAUUUGUGUCCCUGGUGAGAGAUUCAGACUCUGCUCCAGCUCUGUGAGCUUUGUUUUGGUACCUGGUCAGAGAUUCAUCCUCUGCUGCAGCUCUGUGAGAUUUGUUUGUGUCCCUGGUGAGAGAUUCAUCCUGUGCUCCAGCCCUCUGAGCUUUGUUUUGGUACCUGGUGAGAGAUUCAGACUCUGGUCCAGCUCUCUGAGCUUUUUUUGCGUUCCUGGUGGUUGUUUUAGCAGGUUCUGCCCCAUCUUCAGUGGGAGGUUCAGCCUCUGCUGCAGCUCUGUGAGAUUUGUUUUGGUGCUUGGUGAGAGAUUCAGCCUCUGGUCCAGCUCUGUGAGAUUUGUUUGUGUUCCUGGUGAGAGAUUCAGCCUCUGCUGCAGCUCUGUGACCAUUUUUUGUGUCCCUGGUGGUUGUUUUAGCAGGAGCUGAGAGAGCCUUUCUCAGCAGACACCAAACUAAAGCAGCAACUCAUCCAGCACCAGUGGAGGCACCGCUCUGGGGGAUC